AUGGACAUGCUACCAGAAAACCUUCAAGCGCUCCUCACCAACCCAACAAUAACCUACCUGAAAUCCCACACCCAAGAAACACUCACCACCCACCUCUCCGGCAUCCGUGAGUCAUACAUCCAACCGUACAUCAUAGCUCCACUGUCAUCUCUACUCGCCUCAACGAGCACAUCCGCAAUGCCCGACCUCAUGCAACUGCUCAUCCUAGCGUUGGUCCUGUUCAUCUCGCUGAAGGUCCUGGACUACGCGCGCCGCGUCAUCAUGUUCUGGGUGAUGUUGGUCUUCAGGCUUGUUUUCUGGGGAUCGGUGCUCGGGCUGGGAUUCUAUGUUUAUCGCGUUGGGGUGGAGAAUGCGGGGAGGGAUCUGGGGUGGGUUUGGGGUGUUUUGCUUGGGUUUGUGGAGGAUUUCCAGACGCGCGCUGCGGCGAGUAAUGGUGGUGCUGGGAGUCGAAGUGGAUGGGGUGGUGCUGGUGCUGGUGCUGGGGGUGCGAAGAAGGGAUAUAAUCGGUGGUGA